AUGUCGGAUGUGUUGGCCGCGGCCGCUGGCACCCGCUUCGAACCCUCCGCGGCCGGGGUCUUCGGCAGCAGCGGGGACAGUGGCCUCGAAGGGACAAAAAGGGACCAGAAGCGGCUCUCGCUUCCGCCUUCUCCAGGUCCAUCAGAGGGGCAAUUGGGUCCUGUGGGUCCCCUCAGCGCCGCAGAGAAUGAAGAUAUAACUCAGCGGCCAGAACCUACAUUCCAGACAGAAGCCAGUCUAGGAAAUGAUGCCUCGCUAUGCAGGUUGCAGAAUGGGUCAUCUCUAAAUGAAGAUACUGCAGAGGAUUCUGAAUGUGGUCAUGGAAAUCAAGAAGAGCAAGAUGUAGUGGGAAAGGAGAUCCUAACAGAUCAAAUCCAACCACAAAAGGAGGAGGCUGUUGUGCAGGUGAGAAAAUGCCCUACUCCAGAAGGGCCAGGUGAUAUAGUCAUGAUACAGUCAGAAUAUACUGGCGCUGUAGAUGUCCUCUCAGCAGAGCUCGAAACAACAGAUCUGCUGGGAGAGCAGAAAAAAGUUCGACCACCUCCCCUGAUUCCACCAACCACUUGGACAAGCUCUAAGAUAAGAGAUUUCAAAGCAAAGAUGGCCAAGGAAAAAAAUGCUCGAAUGGUGGUCAAACGGGGUGAGGUGUUAACAGUCCGGGUGCCAACUCACCCAGAUGGAAAGCAAGUCUGCUGGGAAUUUGCCACAGAAGAUUAUGACAUUGGUUUUGGGGUCUAUUUUGAUUGGACCCCCGUUACUAGCACUGCCAUUACUGUCCAGGUCAGUGAAUCAAGUGAUGAAGAGGAUGAAGAGGAAGAGUUUGAAGGACCUAUCCCUGUUGGUGAUGUGGAAAGGGGCUCCAAAAGCUAUUUGAGAAGCCAUUAUGGGGAGAUCAUGCCAGUCUACCGAAGGGACAGCCAUCACGAAGUGCAAAUAGGCAGCCACGAGUAUCCAGGCGAAGGCAUCUACUUGCUCAAAUUCGAUAACUCUUACUCUCUUCUACGCAACAAGAUUCUUUUCUUCCAUGUCUAUUAUACCAGCUAAGCAAGGUUGGAAUGAGUGAGACAUAAAGGACUAGAGCGAAGUCUGUGACUAGAGGUACUUCUUGAUAGCCAAAUCUUAUAUGCAUUUCUGUGCUUAUGUGCAGAUGACUUCUUUCAGUUGCGCUUCACUGUGAAGGUGGGGCAAGCAGUCACUGGCAGCAGCUCCACUUUGUUUUAUGCAAACACCAUGCUGGAUUUUUAGCCUCAGCAAAGCAAGUCACUGGACGUGGGGUUCAAGUGUUUGCCUUUCCUUUCUGUUGCACUUGUAUGAACUCAGAUUGAAAUAUGCCUUUUACUUUUUGGGUGCAUUAUAUUCUCUUCUUAUAUUCUGGCUGCAAAAAUUCACUUGGAUCAACUGCCAAAGCAGCCUGUAGAACUGUGUCUAGAACUGUGCUGUUACUGUGAUAUGAGGCGUUGUCAUUUGCCUGGUCCAUGAGAAUCUCAUGAAAUCGAAUGUAAAUAAGCCUUCAGCACCACUGGAAGCGUGCCUUUCUUCUGCCUCCAGGAACACUGGCAUGUUCAGUGCAAGGCACAGCCAGGAUUCAAUUUUUGACAUACAUGUUUGGAUAGCACAGCUUGACUUGAAUCAGCAACCAGAGUUGAUCCAAGAGUUAAGACCUCAUGAAUUUUCUGUCAAUAAAGGGAGUAAAACAACUAUGGGAGAAGGAACAAUAAACCAUAAAACUCUUGUUUGGGGAAAUAAUUGAAAAUCUGUCAUAAACAAAAAUUUACUUUCUGUUCCUUCACACAUUUUAAGGCACAAUGUGCUUCUCUAAUAAUUGGCUUUUUGCAUAAAUUCAGCACAGCGUUAGAUAUAGUUGUCAAACCAGAAUUUACUAGAAGGAUAUAAAAUCCUCUAAUAAAUGGAAGCCCAAGAGUUACAUGUUUUUGUUUCCACUGAAUGUGAUAUUUUGGGUAAAUAUUUUAAAAAUGCAUCACCUUGAUAGUCAAAUUGAAGCAGUCUGUUCUCUGCUGCCUAUCACUUCUUACGUAUCCAUAGUCUGAAUGUGGUUAUAUGAUUUUUGUGCUUCUUAUGUAUGCUAUGCUUCACCUCAGUUCCCCAGCAGUAUAACAUUUCCAACAGAAAAAAACUUACACGCAGACCUAAGUGCACCUACUCAAACCCAUCCCAAACACAAACAAGUUAGUACAGGAAAAAAGUGACAGUGAAGCAGUCAUUGGCCCACACAUUAGCCCUUUUCCUUCUCUUAUAAGGGCUUUGAGUUAUUAGUUCUGAUAAGGAUUCUGCAGUUUGUUCAUGUUUUAUUAUGGUAUGGACCCCACCAGUCAGUCUAGGCCUUAUUUUAAAAAUCCAUCAUUGAAGAUCUCAGGACUAUCAGUAACCAGUAAGAAUCUCUUUCCACACAUCCCACACAGAGUUCAGAUGCUAUUGCCAGUUUUUAAUAAGUAGCACAAUUUCCUAUCCCAUAUCAGAGUUUGGCAAUUGCAUCAUCUGUCAUUCACAGCUCAGGUCUUAGAGGAUAUAUGUAUGUAUCUUAUGGUUGUCUCUGCAGCAGAGGAUGUAUAAAUGUAUACAAAGAUUUCAGAUGCAAAUGUGAAUAUGCCUUUCAAAACAGCUGCUGUCUGUGACAUUUUAUCUAAUGUGUUUCCUUGGUUCUUUGCAUGAUUGCAGCAAACAUUCAUAGUUUAACAUGGAUUUUUGGAAACGUUUCUAGGGAAAGCCAUUGCUGAUACAAGUUUAGUGAUGGAAGAUAUAAAGCCAAAGAAUUCACUUUCCAAAAAUGCUUCAGAUUCUCUUUGCCAUAUUAUGUACUUUGCUAAGUGAAGCUAAUAAUGUAACUGGAAAAGUAAAUAGGACGGGGAAAAACCAUUUUUUGCAAUCAACACAAUUCUAAUGGAGAAAAGGUUCAUGGAGUUGAAUCUUCAACUUUUUCCACUUCAAGCAAUGGAAAUGAGAAAUGGUAAAGAAGUAUCCUUACUAACUUUUAAAAAGUUUUUCAAGUGCAAUUUGUUUUCCUUCAGGUUAUGAUUUGAGGAACUCAUACACAACUUGUUGUAGACCAAUAACAUGAAAAGGAGAAAAAACUGCAGUAAUUGGUUUGGGAUAGGGAAUCGCAGACAUUCUAGUAUUAACAUAAAUGAAAAAUCUUUGACUUAAAGGAUAGGACGUAUAUUUCUUUUUUCAUAAAUGAGCAGUGUAGGAACUGCUCCUUUAAAGUGGUCUCAAAAAGCUUCCCUCAUUUUUUUCUCCUUUUUGAAUUACCUGUAGACAGCUUUUUAACAACUUGCCUUCCCUGAAUGUGCAUUUAAACUAAGGUUAUUUGUUAUUAUUCAAAGUAUUUCCCUUGAGACCUUAAUCUAUUUACUUUCUACACUAUACACAACCCAUUUUUAUGUGUCCAUUUUGAACACUGUUUUGUUAGAAAUUGGAGAUAAUGAGUAGUUGUUUUAUUUAAAGUUCUGCCUGAAGAAGGAAUAUAAAAAUAAAGGUUGUAUAUAUGCAUGUUUGAGCUAAGAUUGUGCAUGUUUAAGAUGAAGGACAGAAUUUGAAGUGGUUGUUUUUAUUGUGUAAUUCUCUUUGUGCUGCUGAGGGCUGUGUCGGGCUCUGCCUGGUCACAUCCUUCCCUCUCCAAAAUUUUUCAAACUUGUGAGUGGCAUCAGAUUACAUAUCCUACUCAAAUACUAUCCAAAAUAUCUGAUCCAUAUACUUGCCAGACCAAGACUUGUUCAGGCAUAGGGAUGGCACCGAUCUAUGUCAUCAUAUGCCAUAGGUUGGUGUACCUUCCCAUCAUAAACUGCUUACAAAAUAAAUUGUGAGAUCAUAGAAUCACAGACUGAAAAACUCUGGAGGCUUUUGUGAGAAACAGCUAGGACAAAUAUACAUACUAGUUUUGAAUUGAUGCAGAUACUUUUUGUCCUGUUUACAUUCAUUGGUGUAGAUGAAAGAGAAAUGCAAUUUUAGAGAAAUCAGAUAUAGUUUCAGAUUGGUCAAAAUAUAGGAUAGGCAUUUUCUAAAAUUUAUGACUAACUUUAUAUUUGAUGUACUUUGAGCUUUGUUCUGCAUGAUUGAUAUAACUUGGCUAAUUUAUUCCUUUUCAUCAUGUACAAAAGUAACAUGACGAAAGAAUGAAAAAUAUAUAGCAAUUAAAGAUGGGGAGGAAUUAUGUCUAGCAUCCAACCAUGGUAGCUCUUCAAAAAAGGUUCUCUGAAUGUUUUAUGGUUCUUUAUAACUUAAUUUUGGCCUCGUUUGGUUUUUCCUCUUACAAAAAAACUCAUGAAUUAAUGUUAUUAAUUUAUUCUAUUUCUUCUAUUUAUUGCUGUAAUCAAAUUCCAUUUGGUCAAGUUUCUGUGUAUUUAGUAUGAUAAAGAAGCCUAUUAGAUAAAUGAUAAUCUAGGUGACAAUCUAUUCUAAGGAUCCCUUAAUGUUACUUGGAGAAAAUUAAAACUGCUUUGAUCAUCUCCUUAAAACAAUUAAGGGUAUCAGGAACCUGAUUAAACAAGAACUAUGUGAUAUAGCGUGGCUAUAGUGUUUUGAGUGUUGCAUUAUGACUCUGGAGACCAGAGUUUGAAUUCCCACUCAGCCAUGGAAACCCAUAGGGUAGCUUUCAGCAAGUCAUAUUGUCUCCAACUUAAGGGAACCCAUUUGGACAAAUCUUGCAACAAAAAAAACAAACAACUAUGAUAGGUUCACCAUAAAUCAGAAAUGAUUUAAAGACACAUAACAACAAUAUGAUAUAAACCAAAGUCUAUAUUCCUGUUCACAUGCACCUAGGAGUAAGUACCAUUUAGGUCACUGGGGCUUAUUUCUAAGUAGACAUGUAGAAGAUUGUAUUGUUGGACUUAUAGAACCCCAUGGACUUGUGCCUUUAAAGCAUGUUCUUAUUCCCCCUUUCUUGAAUGACAAGUUUCAGACAGUUCACUGCAGUGAUAUAACCUAACUUCUGACUACCUUGUUUGGGUGAAUCGUGUCUGCUUUUAGUUGUUCAUUCUCUACUGCUCAGACCACGACACCAAGAUAGAUAUCUGUGCAACAGAAGAGCCUGUGUAUUGUUUGUCUUAUAGCCAUGAUUAUCUGGGGGAAAUCAGUUGAACAAAUGUUCUCUUUAAUCUUAAAGCAUUCUGUGGCCUUAAAUGGCUCUUUUGUUUUGCAAUACAGGCAGCCCUUAGGUUACAAACAUCCAACUUACAAACGACUCAUAGUUAAGACAAUUUUUUCAAAAUCCAAUUAUCACAGGGACAGAAAGUGAGGUGAAAUCUUCUGAACAGGAACAGAGACAAUAAAACAAAUAUUACUGGGGUGUCCGAACAGACAGCAAAACACAUCACAGGGGUGUUAGCUCUUCCCUAUGCUGUCCAAAGAUAUAUAUGUGUGUGUGUGUGUGUGCGCGCGCACUGGAGUUACACUGAAAAGUGUACCUGUUCUGAUUUACAAACAUAUUCAACUUAAGAACUGCUUGUAGUUAGUUUGCCACUAAUCAUUUGGCUGUGGUAAAUCCUAGGAAACAAAGUAAAUAUGGGUUGAGUUUUGUUUGUUUGUUCUUGUUUAAGUAUGUGCAAUUUCAGAAUAUUGUGUUUCCUUAAGAGUCAGACAUUUGAGAACUCCUGGUCUUGAACAGAACGGUUACUUGGCAUGCAGAGUAGGGGACUUCUUUUCAAGAAAUAGAGAUGCAAUGGACAUAGAUUUUUGACUGAUAAACCAACGAUGGAUUAAUCUUUCCCUAGGACAUCACUAGAAUACUCUUACAUAGUUUUAUUUAUGUUUUGGACAUUCAAGACAUAAAGAAUUUCUGCAUAAUUCAGAGCUCACGUCCAGCGUUUUAAAUAGGUAGUUGGCAUCAUAUCACUGGAGCCCUGGUGGCGAAGUGUGUUAAAGCACUGAGCUGCUGAACUUGCAGACCGAAAGGUCGCAGGUUCAAACCCCGGGAGCGGAAUGAGUGCUCACUGUUAGCUCCAGCUUCUGCCAACCUAGCAGUUCGAAAACAUGCCAAUGUGAGUAGAUCAAUAGGUCCUGCUCAGUAGGUCAGUAGAUCCUGCUCCGGCAGGAAGGUAACGGCACUCCAUGCAGUCAUGCCGGCCACAUGACCUUGUAGGUGUCUAUGGACAACGCCGGCUCUUCGGCUUAGAAAUGGAGAUGAGCACCAACCCCCAGAGUCAGACAUGACUGGACUUAAUGUCAAGAGAAACCUUUACCUAUCAUAUCACCAGCUAGGUGUUUCCUCUUGUAGUUGCUGUGUCAUUAACCAUUAAUGGAUAUAGAAUUGGACAAGAAACCCAAGGCAUCACGUCUAUGGCUACAACUUCUAAAAUCCCUGCUCUUAAAUGGCUGGAGAAAAAAACUUUUCCAAGUUCUAGAAGCUGAUGGCUAAACCCUGCCCAAGGAAGGCUGUUUUGUAGAAUGUGGUGAUGCAUAGGAUUGGAUGGCAAAAAGAUGAAAACUGGUAUUGGAAGUCUAACGUUUUGACAGAAACACAUGGAUAUGCUAUUUGUCUUCUGAAAUGAUCAGGCUCUAACUGCAGUUUGCCUGCGAGUCAGAAUGCCAGUUUGGUGCUCUUUUUUGGCACCUUGUGAGGUUUUUUUUUUUUUUUUGGGGGGGGGGGGGGUAAGAUUCCUCCUAAUCUGAAAUGUUAUGCACCAGAUAUGUAUAUGUUUGUAUCCUGCCAUGCAUACUUUUUUCUUUAAACUGAAACGGUAUUUAUAUGUUUUGGUACUGGCUUGGUACAGUCUUUCUAAUGUGUAUGCUGUUGAAACAGAAUGUAAUGUCUGUUACACUGUAUGAAGUAUCUGUUUUGUGACUGUAUGUUUGAUUUUUUAAACAUCAUUAAAUCUUUUCACUAUUCA